CGGCGCCUCCGGCUGUAGCGCCGCGCGGGAGCCGGGAGCCCGGAGCGCCGGCGGGCGGCCGAGCGAGCGAGCGAGCGAGCGGCCGAGCGAGGGCGAGGGCAGGCGUGCGCGCAGCCGUCCUCCCCCGAAGCCAUGGGCGCGGCGGGGCGCGCGGCUGGCGAGCGGCGCGGCCGGAAGGUGCGAGCGGCCGGGGCGCGGGCCUGGGGCCGCCUCUAGCCAGCUCCGAGGGCGCGGGCCCCGGGGAUGAGGGCGCCCGCCGCGGGAAGCCCGUCUGCGCGCCGCGGCGCCGUCCCGCCCAGCCAGCGAGCCUGAGCAGGCAGACGCGCGGCCGGCGAUCUGGGGGCGCGCCGCCUCGCCGUCCCCAAAAUGUGAAGCGAGGAGGGCGGAGACGCAGAGACCGCCCGGCCGGGAACCCUCGCCGAACCCCUCUGCCCCAGGCGCCCAGGCCGCGCCGUGUCCCCCGCCCCCCCACCCCGUGGCUGCAGAGCAGCGAAGCCACCGCGCCCCGCUCGCCCUCGGCGCUGCGACCCCCCCUGGCUUCGGCCCGCAGCGGCUUCGCGUUUCCCGAGGCGGCCGGAGCCGGGCCCAGGACGGUGCGUCCGGCCUCGCCCGCGGCUUCUCGCCCAGACAAGUUUGAACAAUGAUCACAGUCAACCCCGAUGGGAAGAUAAUGGUCAGAAGAUGCCUGGUCACCCUGAGACCCUUUCGGCUGUUUGUGCUGGGCAUCGGCUUCUUCACCCUCUGCUUCCUGAUGACAUCUCUGGGAGGCCAGUUCUCUGCUCGGCGCCUGGGGGACUCGCCCUUCACCAUCCGCACAGAAGUGCCCGGUGGCUCUGACUCCCGCGGCGCCCUCCGCAAGAUGAGCGACCUGCUGGAGCUGAUGGUGAAGCGCAUGGACAUGCUGGCCAGGCUGGAGAACGGCAGCGAGCUGCACCACCCUGCCAGCGUCGCACACUUAGCUGCAGACAGGAUCACCCCUGGGGCUGGCCUCGUUGAAAGGAUCCAGGCCAUUGCCCAGAAUGUGUCUGACAUCGCUGUGAAGGUGGACCAGAUCCUGCGCCACAGCCUGAUUCUGCAUAGCAAGGUGUCUGAAGGUCGGAGGGACCAGUGUGAAGCACCCAGUGACCCCAAGUUUCCUGACUGCUCAGGGAAAGUGGAGUGGAUGCGUGCCCGCUGGACCUCUGACCCGUGCUAUGCCUUCUUUGGAGUGGAUGGCACAGAGUGCUCGUUCCUCAUCUACCUCAGUGAGGUCGAAUGGUUCUGCCCCCCGCUGCCCUGGAGGAACCAGACAGCUUCCCGGACAGCCCCCAAGGCCCUUCCCAAAGUCCAGGCCGUGUUCCGGAGCAACCUGUCCCACCUCCUGGAGCUGAUGGGUAGUGGGAAGGAGUCCCUCAUCUUCAUGAAGAAGCGAACCAGGCGGUUCACCGCCCAGUGGACCAAGGCUGCCAAGCACCUGGCACAGAAGCUGGGGGACAUCCGGAGGGACCAGAAACAGAUCCUUGUCCACAUCGGCUUCCUGACAGAGGAGUCUGGGGACGUGUUCAGCCCAAGGGUGCUGAAGGGCGGGCCUCUGGGGGAGAUGGUGCAGUGGGCCGACAUUCUGGCUGCUCUCUACGUGCUGGGCCACAGUCUCCGGAUCACGGUCUCCCUGAAGGAGCUGCAGAGUAACUUAGGGGUGCCGCCAGGCCGGGGGAACUGCCCGCUCACUGUGCCCCUGCCAUUUGACCUCAUCUACACGGACUACCAUGGCCUGCAGCAGAUGAAGCAGCACAUGGGGCUGUCCUUCAAGAAGUACCGGUGCAGAAUCCGAGUCAUCGACACCUUUGGGACGGAGCCAGCGUACAACCACGAGGAGUAUGCGACGCUGCAUGGCUACCGGACCAACUGGGGUUACUGGAACCUUAACCCCAAGCAGUUCAUGACCAUGUUCCCUCACACCCCAGACAACUCCUUCAUGGGCUUCGUGUCUGAGGAGCUUAACGAGACUGAGAAGCAGCUCAUCAAGGACAACAAGGCCAGCAACAUGGCGGUGGUGUACGGCAAGGAGGCGAGUAUCUGGAAGCUCCAGGGCAAGGAGAAGUUCCUGGCCAUCCUGAACAAGUACAUGGAGAUCCAUGGCACGGUGUACUACGAGAGCCAGCGGCCCCCCGAGGUCCCUGCCUUUGUGAAGAACCAUGGCCUCCUGCCACAGCCUGAGUUCCAGCAGCUGCUGCGUAAGGCCAAGCUCUUCAUAGGGUUCGGAUUCCCCUAUGAGGGCCCAGCACCGCUGGAGGCCAUCGCCAAUGGCUGCAUCUUCCUUCAGUCUCGCUUCAGUCCACCCCACAGCUCCCUCAACCACGAGUUCUUCCGGGGCAAGCCCACCUCCAGGGAGGUGUUCUCCCAGCAUCCCUACGCAGAGAACUUCAUCGGCAAGCCUCACGUGUGGACUGUCGACUACAACAACUCAGAGGAGUUUGAAGCAGCUGUCAAGGCCAUCAUGAACACCCAGGUAGACCCUUAUCUGCCCUAUGAAUAUACAUGUAUGGGGAUGCUGGAACGGAUCCAUGCCUACAUCCAGCACCAGGACUUCUGUGCAGGUCCAAGCCCAGUCCCGCCAGGGGCCCACACCACCCAGAGUCCCUUUGUCUUAGCCCCCAACGCCACCCAUCUCGAGUGGGCCCAGAACAUCAGCUCGAUGGCGGGAGCCUGGCCCCCUCCCCACUCUCUGCGGGCCUGGCUGGCAGCCCCUGGGCGGGCCUGCACAGACGCCUGCCUGGACCGCGGGCUGGUCUGCGAACCUUCCUUCUUCCCCCAUCUCAACAGCCAAGAUGCAUUCCUCAAGCUGCAGGUGCCCUGUGACAGCACAGAGUGGGAGAUGCAUCACUUGUACCCCGCCUUCGCCCAGCCCGGCCAAGAGUGCUACCUACAGAAAGAGCCGCUGCUCUUCAGUUGUGCCGGAGCCAGCACCAAGUACCAGAGGCUCUGCCCCUGCCGCGACUUCCUCAAGGGCCAGGUGGCCUUGUGCCAGGGCUGCCUGUGAGGCCCGAGGCCACCCUGCCAGCACCUGCCCAUCCCCGGUUGGCAAGCACCAGCACUUUCUGAGCUGCAGUCAUGCUCACUGCCCGUCUCCCGGCUGCGGCCUCUUUCCCUGGCCAAGGGAGAGGAGGCCGAGGAGGCAGCAGCUCAAGCCUGCAGCUCCGUCCUAGGGGCUCCUGGCCCUCCCCACAGGACUCGCGGCCAAGCAGAUGAUGGGCUGACCUACCUGCCUGGUGGGCCCAGGAGCGCGUGAAUGGAGGCCCCUUGCUUUCUGAGGUCUGGAUCAGCUGGUGACAUGACCCUUGGCCAUUCUCGGGCCCAGGAUAGGCCUUCUGAUCAGCAAGUCUGGGGACAUGGCCGUGCUGCCCUGCCUAGUUCGCCAGAGGUGUCGAGGAACGGGGACCGGGCCGCAGCCACGCUUGCUGUGAGGACCACAUCCUCUUCUUAUGAUGCAGCAAUUCAUGCAGGGCCAGUGUUUGUCUGCACUUGUUUGGGGUGGGCAAAGGGCAGAGAACUUGGGGAGGCUGGGAGAGGGACCCUGCCCUCCUGUCCACCCUCCCUGUUCCUCACUCCUGCUUCCUCCAGCAGGCUUCACUUUGGGCCUCUUCUGAGACACAUUCUGGCAUGAUCUGCGGCUGGUCCACAGCCUCCAUCUCUGCCCCUCCAGGGGCUACCUCCACUGAGGCUCUGACAACAGGCCCAGACCCCACCAAGGCAUCCUCUGCAGGCUCUGACACCACCCUAACCUUCCAGCAUCUCAUGCUGGCCGGGCUGGGAUGAAGUUUCACCCAUGGUACACUUGGCUGGUUCUGGUUGCACGGGUCUCCCAGACCUUCCAUGACUCCCACCCAUCUAGGCCCCUCUUUGUCACUCCUUCCUGCCUCCCACAGCCUCAGGCCACUUCCAGACGUCGGUACCCAUCUCUGUGUGGCAUGCCCACCUCCAGUCCAGGGUGACCCUUCCCUCUCCGACCCCAGGACCUGCCGAGUCCAGCCAGGCCUCCAAGAACACUGCCACUGCUCGUGUGUGGCCUGCCCCCAGCCUCAUGAAGGCAGGCUCCCCUGGGCCCAGACAGUAGUCGGAAGGGACCAGCCUGCCUGGGACUUGCUGGUGCCCCCUGGCCUGGUUGGCCCUUGUGGCAGCAGAGCCCAGGGCAGCAAGAGCCCUGUGAUUCCGAGGAUUUGACUGCCAGAGGAAAGCAAUAGAGACACUCUUCUCUCUUUUUUUUAAAGAUUUAUUUCUUGAAAUAAAUAUUUUAUUGGGAUGUGAGAUGAUAAAGAA